CCUGCGUUGUGCACUCGGAAGCUAUGCUAGUUGUUACCAUGAAUGAUUGAAAUUUCAUAUAUUCCCGUGUUUAUGCAUGCUGCAGUGUAUUUUUGUAUCUCUAUUAUCAGCACAGACGCAGGUGAAGAGAGGAAAGACGCUGGUGAGUGAGUCCUGAACGGGUGCAAGCUGUGAUAGCUGGUUAGCUGGUUAGCUGUUUAGCUAUGUCGUCUUAGACUGUCCGCCUGUCUCCUGGAGAGUGAAUUCAUUUUCGGGUAUCGACAUUAGUUAAAGAAGGGAACUUUCAACUAUGGCUUCAAUUCUCGAUGAGUAUGAGGACUCGCAAAACACCAGACAAAGUGCGCAGCGCCUUUCAAGUGCCAACAUUGGGAUAACACAUUCAGGCUUUGUGAAUGUGAGACUUGAGGAAGAGAAGCCAAUAUUCAACAAGCAGAGGAUCGAUUUUACACCACCUGAGAAGAUAAACCACCUGGCAGUGUGCAACAAUCAGCUAUGCAUGAGUCUGGGGAAGGACACCCUGCUGAGGAUUGAUUUGGCCAAACCAGAUCAACCUAAUCAGACUGAAUUGGGAAGAAAAGAUGACAGUAAAGUGCACAGACUGUUCCUGGACCCCACAGGCUCCCAUCUGCUGAUCAGCCUGACCACCAGUGAGUGUCUGUACCUCAACAGGAACACCCAGAAGGUGCGCAGUCUGUCACGGUGGAGAGGCCACCUCAUUGAGAGUGUGGGCUGGAACAAGCUGCUGGGCAACGAGACCAACACAGGACCCAUCCUGGUUGGCACCAGUCAAGGCAACAUCUUUGAGGCUGAGAUCUCUGCAACUGAGGGAAGUCUUUUCAACACCAAUCCAGACCAGUACUUCAGACAGGUCCACUACCUGGAGGAGGAUGGGAAGCCAGCACCAGUCUGUUGCCUGGAGGUUGAGCGAGGUCUGGAGAACAAGUACUUCAUCAUCGCCACAACCCGCAAACGCUUGUUCCAGUUUGUGGGUAAGGUGGCUGAAGGGUCAGAGCAGCAAGGCUACAGCUCCAUCUUCAGCCAGAACCAGGACCUGCUGCCCAGUUUCCAGGAGUUCCCAGCUAACAUGGGCUACAGUGAGAUCACUUUCUAUACCUCAAAGCUUCGCACGUCCCCCAAAGCAUUUGCCUGGAUGAUGGGUAAUGGAGUUCUUUAUGGGCAGCUGGACUACGUCAGGCCUGACUCCCUGCUGAGUGAUGUGCAGGUGUGGGAGUACACCCCGGACAUUGACCUUAGUAGCAACAAACCUAUUUCCAUUGUGCUGACACAGUUUCACUUCUUGCUCCUGCUUCACGACCGAGUUAAGGCCAUCUGCACUCUGAAUGGACAGGUGGUAUAUGAGGACGUGUUCCCAGAUAAAUUUGGUUCCCUUAAAAAGAUGAUCAAGGACCCUGUCGGUGGGUUGGUUUGGAUCUACACCGAGCGGGCAGUCUUUCGGUACCACAUCCAACGUGAGGCCAGGGACGUCUGGCAAAUGUACAUGAGCAUGAAUAAAUUUGAUCUGGCCAAAGAGUACUGUCGUGACCGGCCUGAGUGCAUGGACAUGGUGCUGGCCAAGGAGGCCGAGCACUGCUUCCAGAACAAGCGAUACCUUGAGAGUGCCAAGUGCUAUGCGCUGACACAGAACUACUUUGAAGAGAUAGCGCUCAAGUUCAUCGAAGCCAAACAAGAAGAGGCCUUGAAGGAGUUCUUGCUGAAGAAACUAAAUAAUCUCAAACAGAGUGAGAGAACACAGAUCACCUUGCUUGUCACCUGGCUAGCAGAACUGUACCUGAACCGGCUCGGUCUCCUGGAGAGUGACGGGAACACCAUCAUCUUCCAGGAGACCCGUGAUGAGUUCCGCCAGUUCCUCAGCACCUCCAAGCACAAGGAAUGCCUGUUUAACAACCGCACCACCAUAUACGACCUGCUGGCCAGCCACGGUAACGUGGACGACAUGGUUUACUUCUCAGUCGUCAUGCAGGACUAUGAGAGGGUGAUAUCCCACUACUGCCAACAUGACGACUACAGUGCUGCUCUGGAUGUGCUCUCUAAGCACUGUGAUGAGAAGCUUUUUUACAAGUUUUCCCCAGUGCUUAUGCAGCAUAUUCCCAAAAAAGUAGUAGAUGCCUGGAUUCAGAUGGGCAAGAGGCUGGACCCAAAGAAGCUCAUCCCAGCUCUGAUGAACUACAGCCAGAUGGGCAGCACCCAGCAGAUCAGUGAAACCAUCCGUUACAUGGAGUUCUGUGUGUACGAGCUGACUGUGACUGAGGAGGCAAUCCAUAACUACCUGCUGUCUCUCUAUGCCAAAUACAAGCCGGACUCUCUGCUGUGGUAUCUAGAGCAGGCAGGAACACAUGCCUCAGAGAUCCACUAUGACCUGAAGUAUGCUCUCAGGCUGUGUGCAGAAAAUGGCUAUCUCAGGGCCUGUGUCCUGGUGUAUAGGAUUAUGGAACUGUAUGAGGAGGCAGUGGAUCUUGCUUUGCAAGUAGAUGUAGACUUGGCCAAGUCAUGUGCAGAUUUGCCUGAGGAUGACGAGGAGCUGAGGAAAAAGCUUUGGCUGAAGAUUGCCCGGCACGUAGUGCAGGAGGAGAAAGAUGUGAAGAAAGCCAUGAACUGUCUGUCCAGCUGUAACCUGCUCAAGAUUGAAGACAUCCUGCCAUUCUUCCCAGACUUUGUCACCAUUGAUCACUUUAAGGAGGCUAUCUGUAGCUCCCUGGAGGAGUACAACCAGCACAUUGAGGAGCUGAAGCAAGAGAUGGAGGAGGCCACAGAGAGCGCUAAACGUAUCAGAGAGGACAUCCAGGAAAUGAGGAACAAGUAUGGCGUGGUGGAUUCCCAAGAAAAGUGUGCAGCUUGUGACUUUCCACUGCUCAACAGGCCCUUCUAUCUCUUCCUGUGUGGACACAUGUUCCAUUAUGACUGCUUGUUCCAGGAAGUGACCCCUCAACUGUCAACAUAUAAGCAGAGUCGUCUGGAGGAGCUGCAGAAGAAGCUGGCAACAUCCACGCAGUCAUCCAAGUCUCGCCACCGGGCAGCAACCAGGGACGAUGGAGACACUUCCAGUCUGGGGAAAGGCAACGCAGGCACUAGCCGCGAGCAGAUAAAAUCAGACAUUGAUGACAUCAUUGCGUCUGAAUGCGUGUACUGCGGUGAACUGAUGAUCAAGUCCAUCGACAAGCCUUUCAUUGAUCCACUGAAAUUUGAGGAGGAGAAAUCUAGCUGGCUAUGAAUGAGGCCUCCCCUUCUCUCACUGUGAAAAGACAUGUCAGCCCACCAUCCAUAUGUCAGUGAAAAUGCACCAUCCGUAGGACAGAUCCCUUUAGAGGAUACAGACAUCCACCUGAUUGCCUGCUGGUAGUGACUACUACUAUAAACUGUAUCAGCUUCAGUUAUUCUCUACAGAGUGCACUUAUUUUGUUGACAGUACUUUAAGCUGCUUUUAAGAUCUUUGCACUUUGUAUGGGAGCUUCUAGUGAAAGAUACACAAGUCUACAUUGUGGGCAAUGAUACAAGACAAUAUGGUAAUGUAAACUGACGCCAGGGUUGCACAGUGCUCACACGUGCCUGAACCUAUAAUUAUAAUGAUGAUUAAAAUGAUUUGAAAGCUCAAAUCGGAUAUAACUGCACUAUACAUCUAUUCACUGCAUUAGAUUAUGCUCUUGUUUGGUCCAAAAAUGAAACAUGCACGUAGACAAUAUCUGUUCCUCAAAGCUCAGCUCAGCAUCUCCACUCUACUGCUCUGUGUUUAUCUAAAAAAUCAAACUGGGUAAGAUUAACAAACUCUACAUGUAUUGACUGUUUUGCAAUUCAGUUCUGUUAUAUUAAAGCUUGUCAGUUCUGAUCACUCUGGUUGUUAAAUGUGUAAUAAA